AUGAUGAGCUUUGCUUGUUGCCAGUGCAGCAUCUAAUUUUCUUUUCUUUUCUUUUUUUGCAAUUGUCUUUGUUUGGGACCAUUUCUUGUGUUUGGUACUGCUACUGCAUAGUGCAUACUUGGCAGUUGGCACCAUUCUUUUCUGCCAUGCAUGCAUAUCAAGUGUUUAGUAACUAUUCUCAACUUUCUUGGCCCCUCUCUCCUUCUCCCUCCAUGGCCACACACUUUUCUUGCAUUCAUUCAUGUUUAUUUCUUUCUCUCUCUCUCUCUCUUUUUCUUGUUUGUGCUUGUUCUUUUGCAUGUCAGCAAUUGGUUCUUUCAUGAUCUUUUUUAGUUUUCAUGGUCAAGUUCUAAUUUUGAUGUGUAUGAUGAAUGAAAGCUCUUAUCUUUUUCAGGUUUUGUAUGAUUUCUUGAUGAAUUGAUAGAAAGAGUGGUUAAUUUGGUAGGGGAAUUAGAGUUUUGAGGAAAUUGGGAUGGAAACUGAAGGAGGAGGAGGAGGAGGAGGAGGAGGAGGAGCUUCUCAGAAGAAUUUGGAGAGGAUAAUAUCUCAGAAAGCCAUGCAGAUGGGGAACUCAUCUUCUUGCAAAAUUUGGGUGGUUGGUUUCUUUUGUGGUGUUUGUAUUACCUAUCUCUUUCUGGUUGUUCCAUCUCCACUUAGGAAUUUGGAGUUUGGAUUGGACCUUUCAAGUUCUUCUUCAUUGAAUUCUCUUAAUUCAAGCUUGAUUGAUUCAAUCAAAGAUAUAAAUAUUUCGGACAAUUCAGAUGAAACCAGAGGACUUAGUGAUCAUGAGAAAGUGAAAUUGCUUUUUUCUGCUUGGAAUGUGGUGCUAAAUGAACCAUCAAAAGUUGUUCAGAAUGAGUUCUUGAUUGGAAAAUUGAAGAAAUCUAGUCUGCCUAAUCCUCCUCAUUUAGAGGACUGUAAAUUGAGUGUAGAAUUAAGUAGACAGUUCGAUUCCCGGGGAAUGAAUCGAAGUUUACCGCCUUGGACCUUAUGGAGAGGAAUGCUAGGCUUAGAGUUACUUUGGCCGAAAGUAUCCAUGGAACAGGUCGAUUAUCGUACAAAAUUCAACGGUGCUUAUCCACCCUGGAUUGUAGGAUCUGAUAUGGAGAACUAUCCGCUUACUCGGGGAGUUCAGCAAGACAUAUGGAUUCAUCAACAUCCGGAAAAUUGUAGUGAUCCUAACUUGAGGUUUCUUGUUGCUGAUUGGGAAAGGUUGCCGGGUUUUGGUGUAGGUGCACAAUUCGCCGGAAUGGCAGGACUUCUUGCUAUUGCGAUCAAUGAGAAACGAAUUCUCGUUACGAACUACUAUAACCGGGCAGAUCACAGUGGCUGUAAAGGUUCUUCACGAUCUCAUUGGUCUUGCUACUUCUUCCCGGAAACAUCUCAAGAAUGUCGAGACCGGGCAUUUGAUCUCAUGAGGAGUUCGGAAGCUUGGAACAAUGGUAUUAUAACUGUGAAGGAGAAUUACACCUCAAAGGAAAUAUGGACCGGUCGAGUACCUAGAGUAUGGGGAAAUCCAUGGGAUUAUUUACAGCCUACAACCGAUGUAGAUGGAACUCUACUUACACACCACCGUAAAAUGGAUCGAAGAUGGUGGCGUGCACAGGCGAUACGGUAUUUGAUGAGGUUCCAAAGUGAGUAUACAUGUCAGCUACUUAAUGUCGCUCGACAUACAGCAUUUGGAAUGGAUUCUGCCAAAAUGGUUCUUGAAAAUCUUCCGGCAAAUUGGCCUGAGGUAUCUAUCAACAGAUCACAACAGGACAUCGAACAUUUUGUAUGGUCCAACCACAGACCAUGGAUUCCGAGACCACUUUUGAGCAUGCACGUAAGAAUGGGCGACAAAGCUUGCGAAAUGAAAAUAGUCGAAUUCGAACAUUACAUGCAUCUUGCCGAUCGAAUUCGCACCCGUUUCCCACAUCUCAACAGCAUAUGGCUCUCAACAGAAAUGCAGGAAGUCAUUGAUAAAUCGAAAAUGUAUGAGAACUGGAACGUUUACUACACGAACAUAACACGGCAAGUCGGGAACACAACAAUGGCAGUGUACGAGGCAAGUCUUGGUAGAGAGACGAGCACGAAUUAUCCUCUGGUUAAUUUUAUAAUGGCGACUGAAGCCGAUUUUUUCGUCGGAGCAUUAGGUUCGACAUGGUGUUACUUGAUAGAUGGAAUGAGGAACACUGGAGGAAAAGUAAUGGCUGGUUAUCUUAGUGUUAACAAAGAUAGGUUUUGGUAAAAAUGAGU